UAUUCAUUAUCACUCAUCCUAUGCGCCAAAGAUCGAUUAUAGCUUUCGAGUUCACUGACGUAAUUAUGACUAUCGGGAUGCAUUGGUGCGUAAUCCGUUGCUGUCACAGGUCAUGUAAAUUGAAGCAAUUAAAAUUUUCUUAUGAGUUUGAAGUUUGUAGGGUUAACGUAACGAUGCGCUUACCAGAAAGAUUGUCAUUUCACAAUAUUAGGAUCGUUUAAAAUUCAUAGAUCCAUAAUAUAGACAAAAGAUAUCUUACAUUGUACAAACUCGACACCUUCAAAGUCGUUGUAAAAUUAUUGAUUAAUGAUUUUUGUUUGAAUGUUUCGGUAGGGUGACAUUACUAACUUCAAUCUUAUAUAUUUUUGACGCUUCGUCUCACAGACAGGAUCUUUCUUUGAGACACCCCAGAGUUGAUCUUAUUGUUUGGAAACAAUCGUACAUUACAAUUCACGAAUAAAAAAAAAGAACAAUAUAUACAUCGAUUGGUUAAAGUUGAGGACUGAGCAUAGAAUAAUAGGGGAGCUGAUUGGCUGCCUUCCAAAAUUGCCUCGACAAGAAGUUUUACUCGGUUUGCCGCUACUUUUGAUGCCAGAAGAAGUUUCCUUGAUGAUAGAGAAAAAUAUUGCACGUCUGGUUGACUAUCCGUGGAUUCGCAAGCAACCCAGCGAAUCUUUCAAGAAAAUUUUUCAAGAACAUAGAGAUAAAUUGUACAAAGAGCAGGAAGUUUGCUUGAGAGAUGAGAGAAGGAAGCAGGUGACGUUGAUGAUGGAUAAAAUAAUUGAGGGAAAGAAGAGAAAAACUCUUGGUGUUAGUACAAGUAAAAAAAAAUUACGUAAACAGGAAGUCGAUGUUGAUACUCAUGCUGCGAUGAUGAAAAUUAACAUCGAUCGCGAUGUUUUGUUGAAUGAGGAAAUGGCUAAACUACCAAAACUCGAACAGAGUGAUGCCUUGGUUCAAACUCACACUGCUUAUCCUUGGACAGCUGAUGUAGAAGUAAAAAAUUCGGAGUGGAAGCAUCCUUCUACACCCGAAGAAGUUGUUCGAUACAAAGUGUACAAAGACCUGUGGGAAAAAGAAUUUUACAUAACCAGUGGCGAAAAAUUUGGUGGUGACUUUCUGGCAUAUCCAGGUGAUCCUAUAAUGUUCCAUUCACAAAUGAUAAUAACAUGCAGGGAUCGAACAGAGGAGAUACCGAUUUCAGAAUUGAUAGCUCAUUGCCGAGUUGGAUGUCAUGUACGAAAGACUCAAGUGUUUGCUACCCUAUCGGAAAACGGUGAUAAUGUUAAAUAUCAAUCAUUCCAAUGGUCAGAAUCGUGCAUACUCUAAAACGAACCGUCUUAGAUUUUGUGUAUAUAUAAAUUUGGAUCUAAGUUGAAAUAAUAUAAAAUCACCCAUUCAAGACAAA